ACUCCGCCAUGGACGAUGCUUCAAUAACUCUACCAAUCUUCUCCUCCGUCAUUCUUCUCCUCUUCUACCUCCCAUCGUCUUCGUCUUCCUCUUCCUCUUCCUAUCCCUACGAAGUGAAAUGCAUGCUCCAGAUCGAGCGGCUCGAACUCACCGCCACCGUCGGCCCUGAGAGCCUCAUCUUCGACCACCUCGGCCGAGGACCCUACACCGGCGUCUCCGACGGACGCAUCCUCCUCUGGCAUGGCCAUUCACAGGGCUGGUCCACCUUCGCCGUCAAUUCCGCAAACAAGAACAGAGCAUGCUAUGGCGGCGGAGUGGUGGAGGAGAGUGAGUGCGGUCGGCCGCUGGGACUGCAGUUCCACUGGGCGACGGGGGUUUUGUACGUGGCGGACGCCUACUUGGGGCUGCUGGCGGUGGGGGCGGAGGGAGGGGUGGCGAGGAGGAUCGCCGACGGCGCCGACGGCGUACCGUUCAACUUCACUAAUGGAGUGGACGUGGAUCAGAGCACCGGGGAGGUGUACUUCACCGACAGUAGCACGCAGUACCAGAGGCCGGACUAUUUAUUAUGUGUGCUUACAGGAGAUUCAACGGGAAGACUGUUGAAAUAUGAUCCAAUAAGGAAGAAUGUUGUAGUGCUGAAAGACUCUCUUCCCUUUCCCAACGGAGUCGCCUUGAGCGAUGAUAACACUUUCCUUGUAUAUGCUGAGACCGGUUCUUGCCGGAUCAUCAAGUACUGGCUUCGCGGCCCCAUGGCUGGUGCCACCACUGUGUUCGCAGACCUCCCAGGUUACCCGGACAAUAUUCGAAGAAAUUCAAGAGGAGAAUUCUGGGUGGCCAUAAAUCGUGAAAAGAUAGACUUAAACCAUCAAGUGUACUUCAAGACUACAACACAGGCGGUAAAGCAAAUUAUGGCAAUAAAAUUGAGUAGAGAAGGAAAGCUACUGGAGGUAUUAUUGAAUGAAGAUGAUACGUUUGUAGCGAGCGAAGCGAAUGAACACAACGGCACAAUAUGGAUUGGUUCAGUGGAGAACCCUUAUGUCCAAGUGUAUAAGUUCUAGCUAGUGAUUUGUGCUUCUUUUUUUUUAAUCUUCCACUAGUUGACUCUUCAAGUGGUGUAAAAUACAAUAUAAGUUAAAGUAAUAUUAUUUGACUGUUUGUAUGUUUUGUUGA